AUGAGAAACUUAAAUAAAUAAAUAGAGUAACCAACAAUUCAAUAUCGCCACCAUACUUAUGAAAAGUAGAGAAUGAAAAUCAAGAAUAGUCACAAUUUUAAGUUUUGCAGGAAGAUAAAGAGGAAUUAGUGCAUCAAAUGA